AUGGCAGGAGGAGCAGAUCUACCAGUGCCUUCUGUUGUGUCCAAAACUGCAAUUGAUCGGAGCCAAGACGCUGAUAAAAGUAACAGCCACCACAGGCCUGGCAUUGAUGCAAUACUUAUGGCACCCAAGUUACCAAAGGCAGUGCCACCAAUUUCUGCAGCAGCUGAGGGGGAGAGUAUCCGGAGGCCACGUGGCAGGCCAGCUGGUUCCAAAAACAAGCCAAAGCCGCCCAUCAUAGUCACCCGUGACAGCGCUAAUGCACUUCGUGCUCAUGCUAUGGAAGUAAGUUCAGGCUGUGAUGUGAGUGAAAGCCUAACCAACUUUGCAAGGAGGAAGCAGAGGGGCAUUUGCAUACUGAGUGGAAGUGGCUGUGUGACCAAUGUCACAUUGCGACAACCAGCUUCCUCUGGAGCAAUUGUGACCCUCCAUGGCCGGUUUGAAAUUCUCUCGUUGCUUGGGUCAAUCUUGCCCCCUCCAGCCCCUCCUGGGAUCACAGGCCUGACCAUCUAUCUGGCAGGGGCUCAGGGCCAGGUUGUGGGUGGGAGUGUGGUUGGUGCACUCAUUGCUUCAGGGCCUGUUGUGAUCAUGGCUGCAUCGUUCAUGAACGCUACUUUUGAUCGUCUGCCACUGGAUGAAGAUGAAGUUGCUGCAGCUUUGCAAAACCAACAAUACCAAAAUGGCCGUCACCACCACCUGGAUAUUUCGGACUUAUAUGGACUUCCACCGAACCUGCUCACUAAUGGCAAUGUGCCUCCUGAGGUGUACUCCUGGGCAUCAGGCCGGACCAUGUCAAAAACUUAA